AUGAGCCUGUUUUCUUCCCCUGACGUGUUCUGUUACAAGCCCACGUUUUGCUAUGAUAGGCGAAGCGUAAGUUGUUCUCCUUCGAUAGUUAUUCGCAUUUCUCAGAAGGUUUUGUACUCUAGAUGUGGACUUGGGUGGGGCUUUCCUUUGUCUAACGAUGUUGAACACUGGAAGCUCUCUCGUCGUUGCUUUGAUCCUUUCUUUCGCAAAAGCGAGGUGCUGCAAUACAGGGAACUUCAGCUCUCUAUGGCUCGUUCGCUUUUGAUGCGGCUUCUUGAUUCUCCUGAGCGAUUUAUGCAUCAUGUUCACCAUGUGACAGGAUCUUUGAUGCUCGACAUCUCAUACGGUAUCCAAACAAAGUCUGAAAACGACGAGUUCAUCGAGACUGCAGAUAAGGCACUCAGAGGAGUGGAAGCAUGUGACAACAUGAGCAUCAUCGAUUUACUCCCUUGGAUUCAACAUAUCCCGAGCUGGAUCCCCGGCAUGUGGUGGAAGAAGAAGGUAGACGUCUUGAAGAGCCAAGUAUUGCGGAUGCGAGACGCGCCAUAUGAGUGGAUCACAGAACAACUGAAAAAUGGCUCUGCGAAGCCUUGCAUUGCGACAGAUCUCAUCUCAAGGUUUGAUAAUGGAGCGAUCGACUCUCCUCGUCCAGAGGACACUAUAAAAAGUGUCGCUGGUACGUGUGGUCAUUAUGUAGGUGGUUCUGACACGACAGUCUCCGUCAUCAACUCAGUCUUUCUUGUCAUGACCCUUUUCCCCGACGUUCAACGCCGAGCCCACGAGGAGAUUGACCGUGUCGUGGGCUCAAAGCGUCUUCCUGAGUUUUCCGAUCAAGAGAAUCUUCCCUACAUCACAGCUAUCGUCAAAGAAAUCUUACGCUGGGCUCCUCCUUUUCCGCUUGGUAUACCACAUUCUUCUACUACAUCAGACAUCUAUAACGGGUGCUACAUUCCGAAGGGCGCCAUGUUGCUCUCGAACUGUUGGGCUAUCCUUCGUGAUCCAGAGGCAUAUACUGACCCAGAGAACUUCAAUCCAUCACGAUUUCUGACCCCUGAUGGCACUGGGAUUAAUCCUACCGUCCGUGACCCCGAGGCCGUAUUUGGGUUUGGUCGACGACUCUGUCCUGGCCGCUUCCUCGCAUCCGAGUCCCUGUGGAUAACGACCGCUUGCGUGUUGGCCACGUUCGACAUCAAGAGGAAGGUAGGAGACGAUGGAAAAUUGAUUCCAAUGCCAGACAAGCUCUACACUUUGGGAAUAGUCUCGCAUCCUACGCCAUUUUCCUGCUCUAUCACCCCGCGGUCGGAGGCUAGUGUGAAGCUCCUUUGA